AUGUCUAUAGAACAAGCUAAAAAGCUAGACGAAUGCUUCCCUACAUAUAAGGAAGAGUUUGAAAUUCCAACUUUUAAGUCAUUGGGGAUUCAGAAUGACGAAUACGAAGAUUCAACUGAUUCAAUAUACUUAUGUGGUAACUCGUUGGGAUUGAUGCCAAAAAUCACAAGAACAGCCAUAAACGAUGAAUUGAAUGCAUGGAGUGAAAGGGGUGUUGAAUCUCAUUUCAGACACCCUGGCGAGGAGAAAGGAUUAACAUCUUGGGUGGAUAUCGAUUUACCAUUAUUACCAUUGAUCGCACCUAUAGUCGGGGGUAAGGAGAAUGAGGUGGCUGUCAUGGGAACUUUAACUAGUAAUUUGAAUGCUAUGUUGAUGAGUUUUUAUAAGCCAUCUGGUAAAAAAACCAAGAUUCUUUUUGAAAAGCAGGCGUUCCCAUCUGAUUAUUAUGCAUUUUUAAAUGCUGCUAAAAUAUUUGGCUAUAAUGAAGAUCAUUUAAUUCAGAUUGAAAUCAAAGAGGGCAAGACUUACAUCGAAACCGAAGAUAUAAUAGAGACAAUAACAAAUCAUCAAGAUGAAUUAGCACUUGUGUGUUUCUCCGGAAUUCAGUAUUACACUGGUCAGUUUUUCAAUAUCGGUGAGAUCACCGAAUGUGCUAAGAGCUUUGGGAUUACUGUCGGAUGGGAUUUGGCUCAUGCAGUGGGUAAUGUCCCCCUACAAUUACACGACUGGGAUGUAGACUUUGCUGUCUGGUGCUCUUAUAAAUAUUUAAAUUCAGGUCCUGGUGGGAUUGCCGGAAUUUUUGUCCAUGAAAAACAUACCAAGGAUAACUCGAUUGAACAAUUUAAACCUAGGUUAGCAGGCUGGUGGGGAAAUAAUGCGUCUGACCGAUUCAAAAUGUUGGAAGUAUUUGAUCCUAUUAAAUCAGCCUUAUCAUAUAGACAAUCAAACCCGUCAGUUAUUGAUGUGGUCGCCGUGAAGUCUUCAUUGGAACUUUUCAAGAAAGUUGGGGGUAUCAGUGAAUUACGAAAGAAAAGUGUUGAAUUAACAGGGUUUUUACAAGCUUUACUAACUAGUUCAAAGUAUUACAUAAAGCAAGAAGAAACCACCGAUAGAUUGGGAUUCAAAAUAUUAAGUCCACUUAACAAAGGAGACAGAGGAUGCCAAUUAUCAGUAUUGUUUCAACCACAUUACGAGGAAUACAGUAAGAAUAUAAUGGAAAGAGUCAAUAAAUACUUAAGCGAUCAUGCUAUUGUCUGUGAUGAAAGAAGACCAGAUGUAAUUAGAUUAGCACCAUUACCAUUAUAUAACACGUUUUCAGAAACAUUUAUUGCCGUUCAAAGGCUAAUUGAAGCCAUGGAUAAAAUAGCUGCAAAUGAAAUAUAG